AUGGCGGCCUCGGCGGCGCUGUUCCUGCGCUUGUGGAGCGAGCUGCGGCUCGGCGCGCGGGGGCUGUGCGCGAGGCUAGCGACGCCGCCCCCUCGGACCCCGGACCAGGUGAGCCGGACGGAGGCCACAGAGAUUGGGAGCCGCACGGGCACUAAGGCCCAGGCUCAGGGUCCACAGCAGCAGCGAGGCACAGAGGGUCCCAGCUACGCCAAAAAAGUCGCACUCUGGCUUGCUGGGCUGCUCGGGGCCGGUGGGACUGUGAGCGUCAUCUAUAUCUUCGGAAACAAUUCUGUGGAUGAAACUGGCGCCAAGAUUCCCGAUGAAUUCGACAAUGAUCCAAUUCUGAUACAGCAGUUGCGCCGGACUUACAAAUAUUUCAAAGACUAUAGACAGAUGAUCAUUGAGCCCACCAGUCCCUGUCUCCUCCCUGACCCUCUGAAGGAGCCAUAUUACCAGCCACCCUACACACUGGUCUUGGAGCUAACUGGCGUCCUCCUGCACCCUGAGUGGUCGCUGGCCACUGGCUGGAGGUUUAAGAAGCGUCCGGGCAUCGAGACCUUAUUCCAGCAGCUCGCCCCUUUGUAUGAAAUCGUCAUCUUUACGUCAGAGACUGGCAUGACUGCAUUCCCACUCAUCGACAGCGUGGACCCUCAUGGCUUCAUCUCCUACCGCCUGUUCCGGGAUGCCACAAGAUACAUGGAUGGGCACCAUGUCAAGGACAUUUCGUGUUUGAAUCGGGACCCUGCCCGCGUAGUAGUCGUGGACUGCAAGAAGGAAGCCUUCCGCCUGCAGCCCUACAAUGGCGUUGCUCUGCGGCCCUGGGAUGGCAACUCUGAUGACCGGGUCUUAUUGGACCUGUCUGCCUUCCUCAAGACCAUUGCACUGAACCGUGUAGAAGAUGUCCGGACUGUGCUAGAGCAUUACGCCCUGGAGGAUGACCCACUGGAGGCUUUCAAACAGCGGCAGAGCCGGCUAGAGCAGGAGGAACAGCAGCGCCUGGCCGAGCUCUCCAAGUCCAGCAAGCAGAACCUUUUCUUUGGCUCUCUGACCAACCGCUUAUGGCCUCGCUCCAAACAGCCCUGACUUCUGAGCCUCUGCAGACUCACUGCCUAGGUCCUGGGCCCUUGGCCCCAGUGCUCC